UUCUGGCUGGACGUGGUGGAUGCGACCAAACCAGAGAUGGACAGGCUGGCACGUGUGUUUGGAAUCCACCCGCUGACAGUGGAGGACAUUCUGGAGGACACAGGCGACAAGAUCGAGGAGGUCAGUGACUACCACUUCGUUGUGUAUCGGGCAGUGGACGCCGAGAUGGCGGCAUGCCCGAUAGCCAUGGUGGUGAAACGGCGGUUUGUGCUGACGUUCCAUGGGCGCGCGACGACCGAGCAUGUGGAGCAGGCAGUGGACCGGCUGGCAGCCAUGGCGGAGAUCGGCGGGCAGUCGGUGGUGUAUGUGCUGCUGGACGGGAUGACGGACGCGCUGACCAUGGCCAUGCGCACCGUGGCAUUGGAGGUGGACCAGGUGGACGAGCUGGUGAUGGUUCUGUCGCCACUGGAAAAGGCCGAUGUUCUGCAGCGCACGGGGCUGGUGCGGCGGCGGCUGCUGGCGCUCUGGCGGCUAAUGCACGGCAAGCCUGAGGUGGUGCGGGCGCUGAUGCGCAUGACGCCCGACCUAGAUGAGCGCCAUCUGCUGGGCGACGUCCUGGAUCAUCUGGGUGCUAUGCAGUCGGCCUGUGCUCAUUGUGAUAUGGUGCUGGCGCGGGCUCACUCAAACUACAUGGGCCAGAUCUCGCUGGAGCUCGGCGAUGCCUGUGUGGGCACGACGGUGUUUUCGAGCCAGUGGCUAGUCAUCACCGCCAUUCUGCUGCCAAUCCAGUUCGUCACCGGCCUAUUUGGCAUGAACGUGCCUGUGCCG